ACGUAAACAAAUACACGUCAAGAAUUGUUCGGAAAGAAGCUACAAGUUUACCAUAUUUUCUACGUUUUCUUCAUUAUUAUCUAACUUCGCUAUUUUCCUCCAAAUCACAAUCACGCCAUGGUGCGUGUGGUGUUCCUCCACCCAGACCUGGGCAUCGGUGGUGCAGAACGCCUCAUUGUCGAUGCAGCUUUAGCCCUCAAACGCAAAGGUCACCAGGUCACUGUGUUCACCAGCCACCAUGAUCACAGUCAUUGCUUCCCAGAGACUGUUGAUGGCCAACUAGAGGUCCAUUGUGCAGGUGACUGGCUUCCCCGGUCAACCUUUGGCAAGCUUUAUGCUCUUUGGGCUUACGUAAGGAUGAUCUACUUAGCGCUCUAUCUGGUGCUCUUUAGCAAGCUAGAGUAUGAGGUGGCCUUCGUGGACCAAGUGGCAGCCUGCAUCCCCUUUCUCAGGCUUAAGAGACAGACUAAGGUUGUCUUCUACUGUCACUUCCCUGACCUGCUCUUGGCAAUGGGGGGUGAGGAGAGAGUAGGCAGGAUGGCCAGAAAAAUGGCCAAGGAGGGGGUGGGGGAGAAGGAAAUAGAGGAGGAGGAGACAGGAAUAAGGAAGAGACAGAUCGAAGACACAGAAGACAUGGAAGAAGAGAAAAACAUUGAAAAGAAGAAUCAGGACAAAGAAGAUGAAGACUUGAAGAAAAAGGAGAGUCCGAAGUCCUCCCAUUUAAGGAAGUCAUACCGUUUUAUCCUAGACAAGGUAGAAGAGUGGACAACUGGGCAGGCUGAUUGCAUCCUCGUCAACAGCCAUUUCACAGCAGGAGUCUUCAAGGAGACUUUUAAAUCACUUAAGGUAACACCCCAGGUGGUUUACCCAUCCCUAGACUUUGAGAAAUUCAAACCCUUUGAGUCCCUCUCUCUUGAGGAUGUGGGAUUGGACCACAUUCUGCCCCAACUUCCCUCAGAACCCAUCCUCUUUCUCUCCCUCAACCGCUUUGAGAGGAAGAAGAACCUACCACUGGCCCUUGAGGCACUCAAGGUCUUACUUGAGGGGCACAUUGGUGACAAUGGCCAAGACCAAAAAAAUCAGAAAGGAGAUAUUCUGCCUUCUCUCUCAGACCUCUUUCCCCUCGACCCUGAUAUAUCCUCAAGGAUUCUCCUUGUAGUAGCGGGUGGUUAUGAUCACCGUGUCCAGGAAAAUGUCCAGCAUCUGGAAGAGCUUGAAUCACAUGCCUCCCGCCUCGGCAUCUCUGAACGGGUGGUAUUCCUACGGUCACCCCCAGAGCCCCAGAAGGCUGUCCUGCUGCGAGUAGCAAGGGGACUGCUGUAUACACCAGAAGCUGAGCACUUUGGCAUUGUCCCCCUUGAGGCAAUGGCCUUAGGGACCCCUGUGCUAGCAGCAGCUGGAGGGGGGCCUCGGGAGACAGUUGUGCACGGGAUGACAGGGUUUCUCCUUCCUCCAGGAGAGGCAGGGGGUUUUGCCAGGGCCAUGGGGGUGUUGGCCAGGGAUUCCAAGGAGGCGAAGGACAUGGGGGCCAAGGGACGGGAGAGGGUUCUUCGGGAAUUCUCCAGUCAGAAGUUUGAGGAGCAGUUAGACAGGGUGGUGAAGGGGGCAUGGGAGGGUCAGAAAUAACUUGGGUGUAUUAGGUACAGUUAGAUAUACUGAUAGUGAGUUAAGGAGAAAGUGAAAUGGAAAAUAAAAAAUGUGAGUUGUGGAGCUAAAGGCAGAAUUUUAGAGAAUUAAGCAAAGCCAAUGAUAAAGCCAGAGAAAAUUAUUCAGAAAGGAAUAAAUUGGUAGUAAUAGAGAGAAAGGAAAUUGGCGAUUGAAAAAAAAUAAAAAUAAAAAUAAAUUCUGGUCUGACUGUGAUAUAUUUGCAAAAAAAAAAGAAAAAGAAAAAUACAAAUAUUUAUAUAUUUAUAUGAUUGUAAUAAUGACUAAACCACUGUUAUUUUUGCUUUGCAUUUGUUAUUGUUCUUAUUAUGAUAAUUAUCACUAUUAUCAAUA